AAAAAAAUGAGAAGUCGUAACUCGUAACAAACCGGUCCUGAUAUUUAUGUAAUCAUAAGCAUUUUAAAGUUAUUUAAAAAAAAUAAGUUCUAAAAUUUGAUAAUUAUACAACUUAUAUAUAUAAGCUCAUUAAAAUUUACGAAUUAAGGCAAAUGUUUUAUUAGUAUCUGUCCAAAACUGAUCAUAAUUCAUAUCUGUGAUUGAUUAACAGAUUAGAUGUAUAUGAUCAUAAAAGGUACAAAUCAGGUUAACAAUGAUGAAUAGUUCCCUAAUGAUCUAAAUUCUAAAAUUUAGAAGAUCAUCUGGACCUAUAUAUAUCAUAAAAUCCAAGUUUUUACAAAAAAAAAAAAGAUUUAGUUAAGUGAAACGACAACCUCUUACACACGUGCGACAACCGGCAACCGGGAACUGACAAAAGUUCCAAAAAGUUAUUACAUCACCAUAAAUGCAAGUACACAUGACGAAACUGAAACGAAACGGACAACCUCCCACGUAGGUCUCUCAAGUCGUAUUAGAUCUUUCUACGGUCAAAGAUCAAAUGAUUAAUAAUCCAACGGUUUAUAUCCCACCAUAUCCUCUAACUAUUACAUGUGUCAGUGAAAAUCCCAGACACUACCCAAAGCUGGAAACUUUAUCUCGAUUUGUUUCCCUCUCAUUCUUCUCCUCUGUCUCUCUCAUUUCAGAAACCCUAAUCUCACAAAGCGAUCUCCAAGUCCGUUCCUUUCCAGAUUUAUAGCAAUGGAAGAGAGUUUCAGAAGCUACACUGAUAAGACGAGUGUGUACGAUAUCAAACCAUUACGCACACUUAAACCCGUUUUCCCCAGCGGGAACCAAGCUCCACCACCUUUUGUCUGCUCACCUCCUUUCGGUCCGUUCCCUCCUGGCUUCUCCCCUUUCUAUCCCUUCACCUCCUCUCAACCACACACUCAUAACAACUCAAACCCUUCCUCUGUCACUCCUCUAAGAUCAUUCAGGUCUGACGCGGAGCCAACUCCGAAGAGAAAGACUCCGAAAAAGCUUGUUCGUCCUGAUAAUGUAAACUUCGAGAGCGGGAUCACCUCUCCCGAAAGAGAGAACGGGAACAGGAACCUAGUCACGAGCGUUCUCACGCGCUACGAGGCCUUGAGAAGAAGGUUCUCACAGCUGGAGGACGCGAGAGAAGCUGUAACCGGAACCAACAAACGCGCCGAUUUAAAAGCGGGGUCCACUUGCAUGAGCCGUGGCGUACGCACAAACACCAAGAAACGACCUGGUAUAGUCCCCGGCGUUGAGAUCGGUGACAUAUUCUUCUUCAGGUUCGAGAUGUGUUUGGUCGGGCUACAUUCUCCAUCGAUGGCUGGCAUCGACUAUCUUCUCCUCAAGGGAGAUACAGAAGAAGAAGAUACCAUCACUAUCGCAACUAGCAUCGUCUCGUCUGGUUACUACGAUAACGAAGAAGGUGAUCCGGAUGUUUUGGUUUACACCGGUCAGGGCGGUGGUAACGCUGAUAAAGAGAAGCAGACCUCUGAUCAAAAGCUUGAAAGAGGUAAUUUAGCGUUGGAGAAGAGCCUGGUUAGGAACAGUCCGGUUCGGGUCAUAAGAGGGUUGAAAGAGGCGUCUCCUAGUGUUAAAAUCUAUCUUUACGAUGGGCUCUACGAGGUGAAAGAGUCUUGGUCUGAGAAAGGGAAGUGGGGACACAGCACUUUUAAGUAUAAGCUAGUGAGAGCUCCUGGUCAGCCUCCCGCUUUCGCCACGUGGAUAGGGAUACAAAAGUGGAAAGGUGGGUUGACUUCGAGGGAAGGGCUUAUACUCGCUGAUCUCUCUGCAGGUGUUGAAAGCAUUGGUGUGUCGCUUGUGAACGAAGUUGAUGACGAGAACGGUCCUGCUUAUUUCACUUACUCCGCAAAGGUGACUUACUCGGAGUCUUUUAAGCUGACGCAGCCUUCUACUGGAUGUUGUGACUGUAGCAGCUCGUGCAAGCCGGGGAGCUUGAACUGUCGCUGCGUGAGGAGAAACGGAGGUGAUUAUCCUUACUGUGGGAAUGGAGUUUUGGUUAGCCGCAAGGGUAUGGUGUAUGAAUGCAGCUCGUCUUGUCCGUGCUUGGUUUGCAAACUCAAGGUGACUCAAAUGGGAGUCAAAGUGAAACUUGAAGUGUUCAAGACGGUGGAUAGAGGAUGGGGGUUGAGGUCGUGGGAUCCUAUCCGUGCUGGUUCCUUUAUAUGUAUAUACGCAGGUGAGGCCAAAGAGAAGGAGCAAACUAUGGAGAAUGAUGAUUACGCUUUUGAUACGACUCGUGUGUAUACCGCUUUUAAAUGGAACUAUGAGCGUGGUUUAGCGGAUGAGGUUGAUUCUGAAGAGGUGUCUGAAGAACCUGAAAUGCCGUUGCCUUUGGUAAUCAGUGGUAAGGAUGUUGGGAACGUUGCACGGUUCAUGAACCAUAGUUGCUCACCUAAUGUUUUCUGGCAGCCGGUUAGUUAUGAAGAUAAUGGUCAGCUCUUCUUGCAUGUUGCUUUCUUUGCCGUUUCUCAUAUUCCUCCCAUGACUGAGUUGACUUAUGACUAUGGAGUUACUCGACCAAGCGAAGCUCACAAUGACAAUACUUUGCAUGGCAUGAAGAAUUGCUUUUGUGGAUCAGAGUAUUGCCGUGGUUCAUUUGGUUGAUAAAUGGAAUCUUUUGAAUGACUGCUUUUGGUAGGAACUAAAGUGAUAGUCUCUAUGUGAUAUAACUCGGCAACAGCAUAAGAUGUAAGCUGUGAAGGAUUUUUUUUCUGCUUCUCACAACAAAACCUUUGGCUAUUUCUCGGAAUGUGGAAGAUGUUUUCUCCUGUUGGAUAUGUAAUCUUAUAAUUAGUAAGUGUCAGAUCGUUUUUGGUAUAAACUUCUGGAAACUUGUAUCUUUGAUGUAAGAUUAUCUAAAAGAUCAUGAAAGCUACAAGUCAGUUCUUAUUUUCUUGCAGUAAUAUUUUGCUAAAA